AUGAACCUUGUUUCAAAAAAACCUAGUAAAUCAAAUUUUGAUUAUUCCGAUUUUUACAAGACCUUCACGGCAACUUCAACAAAUUCGAAUACGUUAUUCAAUCAAAAUGGAAAUCAGCGGACAAAUUUUACUGUAAAAAGAUUUAUUGGUAUAAUGGUUGAUCAACCUAAUAAGUUUGAUUUUUUUGUUCCGUAUUAG